CAAAGGAAUAUAGAAUUUUUGAUAGUGCAGUAUCUGAAUUUUUAAAAAAAUCUGAGCAUUGGUUUUCUAUUAACACUACUUUAUCAAAUGCAAAUAAUUUUCAUAAAAAAUUAAGUAAUUUUUCACAAAUAAAAGAAAUCAUUAGUAUUAGUAUCUGGGUUGAUCAGCAAAUUUCAAGAAGUUUAAUUCUUAGUAGACCUAUUAUUCAAGAAAAAGCAAAAGAAUUUGCUAUAUUAUUUGAUAUUAAUAGUUUUUCAGCAUCAGGAGGAUAG